ACAUGUGUCGUCUGCAUUAAGUAAAUGUUGUAGGACGGCUUCGUACGCUAAGCUUUCCUAUGCUGUGAAUGAAUGAAUGUGGUGGCUUCUAGUAAUGUUAAUCGCUUAGUAACACGCCUUUGGAUCAACAACUUUGAUCUUUUUAGCGUUAUUUAACGUUUGCCUUUCAAGUUUAAUACAGUAGCACCCUUUGUGGAUUACCGGUGUUGUUUCAGUGAUAUUAAUUCUAAAGAACAAUGAAAGACCAGGCUUGUUCCGACUUCGUGUUCAUGCCUUUAAAAAGUGAAAAGGUUUCGAAAAACUCGAGAGGUGGCACUCCUGAGAUACACAGUAACAGUGAAACGUCAACGACAGAGUCGUCAGAAGACAGUAUGGUGCGUUCCAAGAUCGUUGUCGUAGGAGAUUGUAACUGCGGAAAAACUUCUUUAAUACAGCGGUAUGUGAAAGGAGAUUAUAGCGAGGAUUACAAACCAACGGGAUUUGACACGUUUUCUACAACAUACAACGUAUCGGAAACGUACAAAAUACAGAUUACCAUUUGGGACACAUCAGGAGAUGCUGGUUAUGAUCGAGUUCGACCUUUAUCGUAUUCAGAAGCAGAUUUAGUUAUGAUGUGCUUCUCAGUUACGGAUCCAGAAUCGAUGGAUAAUAUUGUAUCGAAGUGGUUACCAGAAGUACGAGAAUAUUGUCCCAAACAACCAAUAAUGUUGGUAGGCUGUAAAACUGAUCUCAGAAACGAACAGAAAUCCUCCUCAGUCAGUUCCACUAAAAAACAAAUCGUCACAUACGAUCAGGGUCUCAAAACAGCUAAACACAUAGGUGCACUCGUGUAUUCAGAAACAUCAGCAAAAACGUCAUUAAAAAGUGUUAGUGACGUAUUAGAGGUGGCAGCACUAUCGUCUGCAGGAACAAAAAGUACAGACAGUCCAAAUUUCCGCAAACAAAGAUCUUUUAUCCGACGUAAGCGCUUCAGUGGCGUUUCAGACGCAAAGACCCAACUUCGAAAGGAGGCUGUAAAAAGCUGUGUAGUCAUGUGAUCGGUGUUAGUGUAUUACGUGUUCGUUCCUUGCAUAGAAGACUUCUAGUCACGUGAAGUGAUAUUGACGCUAUUUGUGGUAGUGCCGUCACGUGAUGUGACGUUAGCGUGAUCUCAGAUCGCCUAUAUUUGUAUAACAAAUAAUAAUUCUAACUUAUUAAUAAAUGUGAUAUGAAAACUUUCUUAGCCACUGACGUUAAAGGUUCAUUAUAUAUAACCGAACCUUUUAUCAAUGUUCUGUUGAGGUUUUUUUUCUGUUUUGACUGUAUUAAGGAAUGUACUAUUUAUAUUGUUUCGAGUCGGAGAGUGCUUUGUAUAUAGGGUAUAUGAUAUAUGUUAUAUUUACCCUAUUAUUGUGUAUAUGGAGAGAUAGAGUUGCUGUUGUUGCAUAGCAGUCAGAACACAAUUAAUUGCGUGCAAUAGCAUAUUAUAUUAUAAACACUUGUUUUAUAUAAAAGCCUACAAAAAUUC